AAAAACACACACAAACUAUUUCGGACGGUUUUUGAGUGUCGUGUUUUUUGCUAACGGUUUUGAAAUAUCACUAAAUCGAUUUUUUUUUUAUACAUAUAUUUACCGAACAUUACAUAAUAAUAUCAUAAAGCAUAUAAUAUAUUUCUACAUAUUUUUUAUGUACCGUCAUAGUUUUUGGUCUUUUUGAUUUCGAAUUAAAAUUCAACGCUGGCAGCCCAACAGUUCCAACGGAGGAAUUACUUAACCGCCUUUGGAAACUACUUUUGGGAAAUAAAAACGUUGAGGCCAUUACGCUGAGAACGACAGUCAUAAUUAAUACUUAAACCUAUUUCAACCAGCAUAUACUCGAAAUCGCGUCAAGAUGCAUAUCGAGGUUAGCGUAGCGUUGAACUUUGUGAUCUCGUACCUGUACAACAAAUUACCAAGACGACGAGUGAACAUAUUCGGCGAAGAGCUGGAAAAGUGCCUGACUGAGAAAUUCGCUGGGCACUGGUACCCGGAAAAACCGUACCGCGGCUCGGCGUACCGGUGCAUCAAAACGGGAUCUCCGAUAGACCCGGUGUUCGAGAAAGCGGCCCGUGAGAGCGGCGUGGCCAUACAGGACAUCCUGGAGAACUUGCCGCAGGAUUUGGCCGUGUGGGUGGACCCUGGCGAAGUCAGUUACCGCAUCGGCGAAAAGGGUGCUGUGAAGAUCUUGUACAACGAGAACAGCGGUGGCCUCCAGUUCGACACACACGACGACCGGACCGCCGACCGAGAGGUCGUCAAAACGUUCAACCCCGAAGCACAGUGUUUCCGGCCCAUCGAUUCAGUAGCGUCCAGCUUGAGUUCUCUGAGCAUUUCGCCACCGGACAAGUGUUCGGUUGGUUCGCCAACGCUUGGCAGCGGUUCCAACAACUCGUCGCCGACGCAUCAUAACCACCUCCAACACCACCACCACCAACAACAACAACAGCAGCAACAACAACAACACCAUCCUCACCUCCAGCAACAGCAAAUACAGCUACAACAGUCACAGCACAAUUCUCUGUUGUUCGGCAAGCCGUGUGGCGGGAGCAGCAGCAGCAGUAGUAGCAGCAGCAGCAGUAGCAGCAGCAGCAGCACUGCAAGCAACGGCAACAGUCAGCAGUCGCCGCAGCAACAGCAACAGCAACCGCGGAGCCCGAACGGUGGCGGCCCCGCAGUGGCCGUCGCGGCUGGCGCUUACGUGCCGUGCCGACAGCCGUCCGUGCCGUUGACGUUCACAACUGCCUCGUUCGCGCAGACCAAGUUCGGCAGCACCAAACUCAAGUCCAACAACAAGCGAGCUAACAGGUUUCUGAUGACUGAUUUUAUAGAAAAGAUGUCACCUACCGAGUUCGCUAACUACAUCAAGCAGCGGGCGGCCAUGCAGCAGCAACAAAUUGUGGUCGGCGGUGGCGGUGGCUUGCAGCAACAACAGCAACGUCCGGUGUCGCCGGUGCAGCAACACCACCGUGGCGGCCAGAACGGCGACGCGGCGUCCAACUACUUCUUCCAGCAGCAGCAAUACAACAACAAUCACCAAGGCGGCGGUGUCGGUGCCGGUUACCAAAGGCCACGGCAGUCCAACGGAGGAGGUUAUCACAGGAACAGCGGCAACAUGGCCAGCGCGGAUUAUGCACCACCACAAUUGCAGUUUGCCAACGGCGGCGGUAGCGGGUGGCAGAACUUCGGAGGCGAUUUCGGGCCACAGCACUUUGGCGGCUCACCCAUGGGCCCGCUGUCACCGGCCAACUAUGGGACGGGGCUUCAAAUGCAGUCAGGCGUGACUCCGAUGCAUCAACAGCAGCAACAGCAGCAGCAGCAACAGCAACAGCAGCAAAAGAUGCAGGACAACUACAACGCCAUGGGCUUGGGAUCGUCGACGUCGUCGUCGUACAGGUCCAGCCCUUUCCAACAUUUGUUGGUGGCCAACUGAUUUCGGCCGGCUUGGCCGACAAGAGACGGUUAAGAGCGCCCCCUUUCACCACCAAACCCCCUCCCCUUGUGCCGCCCAAUGUGGCCCACCCUCCCUCUUGACCUAGUUAAACGGUUGAAGACCGUCCCGCCCCAUCCCCCUCCAUCCGCCCACCUUGUUAUCAUUAUUAUUAUUUUUUAUAUAAUACCCUCUUUUAAUAUAUUACAUAUUAUAUACAUUAUACAUACAUAAGUAAACCCCCUGGCGCGCCUUCCCCUUCUCAGCCUUUAAACGUAAAUAAUGAAAGUUAUUUACAUUACAUUUUUAGGUAUAGGUACAUCCGUUAUUAUUAUGUUAUAUUAUUUCCGUUUUUCCAAUUCCUGUAUUUUAAUUGCGUGACUGCAGCGAGCUUGUCUCAUCCCGCCCGUCGUCAUCAUUUUAAAACAUUAUAUACAUAUAUUACUGCUGUUACCAUUCGGCUUCUAAAACUAUAAUUAUCUCUAUUGACAACAUUUUAAAUAUUUAUCGAUAUAGGUAAUAUUAGGCCAAGUGCUCUAAAAAUACUUCAACUACUUUAAUAAAUUCUACAAUUCGCGCAGACACUUUAAAAAAAUGUUUAUUCUCUUCGGGAAAAUAAAAUAAAAUAUAUUAUAAUAACAAAAAAAAAAAAAAA